AUGGGAAAACGCAAGCAGGACCUCGGCGAUGUGCCAAUGGGUGGCACUCAGCCUGAAGACUCUGAUUCCGACGACGACGUUGACAUGGUCAAUGUCGACUUCGAAUGGUUUGACCCGCAGCCCACGGUCGAUUUCCACGGCCUCAAGAACCUCCUUCGCCAGCUGUUCGACAAUGAUGCCCAGAUCUUUGAUAUGUCCGCGCUGGCCGAUCUGAUCUUGUCGCAACCGCUGCUCGGCUCUACGGUGAAGGUCGACGGCAAUGAGUCGGAUCCCUAUGCGUUCUUGUCUGUCCUGAACUUGCAGGAGCACAAGGACAAACCUGUCAUUCAGGACCUGAUCAAGUACCUCCAGGGCAAAGCCGCCUCGAACCCGGCUCUCUCCCCCCUCAGCGAGCUCCUUUCCCAGACCCACGUGCCGCCAAUUGGCCUCAUUUUGACCGAGCGCCUCAUCAACAUGCCCUCCGAAAUCAUCCCGCCCAUGUACAACAUGCUGCUGGAGGAGAUUGCCUGGGCCAUUCAGGACAAGGAGCCAUACAACUUCUCGCACUAUCUGAUCAUCUCGAAGAACUACGAGGAGAUCGAGUCGAAGCUCGAUCUCGAGGAGUCGCGGCCGCAGAAGAAAAAGAAGAAGGGCGGCGAGGCUUCCCAGCGGUUCUUCUUCCACCCCGAGGACGAGGUGCUGGAGCGGAAUGCGCUGUGCACGGGUACGAUCGAGUACACUCACAAGCAGGAUGAAGGCCACGCGGACUCGAAGCGGGCCUUCCAGGAGCUGGGUAUCCGCACCAAAGGCAGCUUGACCCUGAUCGAUGGCGCCAAAUUCGAGGAUGCGGUUAAGGCUGUUACGGAGUACUUGAAGCCACCUGGCAUGUGA